AUGCUCUUUUUGCCAUUUUUUGUGCAUUCUGAUUGUGUAAAUUUUAGAAGAGUGGAUGAGUCUGAUGUAUAUUAUUGUCCAUUCUGCAGAGAAAUAAGAAUUAAAUGCUCAUGCGGCAAUAAUAAUAACUAUUCUGAUAGAUUAAUUCAAUGCAGUCGUUGCAAAUUUUGGGUACACAAGAAAUGCGAAGGUUUAGACUAUGGAUUUAUUCCAAAGGACUUUAUAUGCAAAAGUUGUAAACCAGAGCGCCAGUUCCUAAUUCCUUUUCAAUUGUUAGAUCCAUUUGAUUUAAAUUUUAUUGGAGAUAUUAUAUCCCACGUUAGUGACAAAGCACUAUUAAUACAAUCAAUACUAAAAGGAAACUUCAAAAACUUUAUAGUUAGUGAUUUAUCAUCAAACGAAUUGUAUUUCUUAACGAUGAUCUCGAUUUACUUUCUUCAGUUCACUUCAAACAUUUUCUCUAGAGAUAAAGAGUUUUGGGCAAUUCUUGUGGACUCUUUUUCCAAAAUAUUUCAAUUGCAUGAAACUGUAAUUUUUACAACCAUUGAUAAACUUGCAAACAAUCUUUUAUAUAAAAAUGAUUAUGUACAAUUGAAUAGAAGUGUUGGGAGUCUCGAAAUUACUACAAAGGCUCGAAACAUUUUAGAUUCAAUGACAAUUGAAGUAAAUGAGAGACUCAUGAUGCCAAAAGUGAUCUUAAUCGAUGAAGAAAGAAGAGUUACUACAUAUACUAUGCUGAAUAAUGGAGAAUUCGUUUGUGAAUUGUCUGGAGUUUUAAUGACAAAAGAUGAAGUUGACUCUGAUGAAGGAAUACCAAGAUAUUGCAUUACUGUGACAAAUCAAAAUCUAGUUAUUGAUGUCAGAAAUUCAUUAUUCAGCCAAGCCCAAUUAAUUAAAAGAUCUUUUCACUAUAAUUGCAUUGUGAAGAUAGAAGUUGUCAAAAAAGAUAUAAGAGUUUGCAUAUAUGCAAUAAAUCCUUCCGGUCCUCUUGCAGAAUCAGCAAUUUCGCCUGCAAUAUUCGAAAAAAAUGAAAUUAUUCUGCCCCUUGAUGGGGAUAUACCAUUCUACAUUGAUUUAAUCAAGUGGAAAGAUGAAUGA